UUGCUCUAAAAAAAACACUCUCUUCUGCAUAAACAAGGCGUACUCCAAUCCUUUUAGAUUUGUUUGUCAUUUUACAGCUACAGUACACUUUUUCCGCAUUUCCGAAUCAAUCUUGGACAAGGAAUCAAAAAAUGACAGGCCGCCUCGCCAACAAAGUCGCCAUCAUAACCGGCGCAUCCUCGGGCAUCGGGCGCGCGACGGCCCUGCUGAUGGCCCGCGAGGGCGCCGCCGUCGUGUGCAGCGACAUCCGACAGGGCCCGCCGACGGACUCCAACAGCAGCAGCAGCAUCAGCACGCACGAGGAGAUUCAGCGCCUCGGCGGGCGGGCCACUUUUGUGUCGUGCGACACGUCAGACUCGGCGCAGGUGCAGGCGCUCGUCAAGUCGGCCGUGGCCGAGUUUGGGCGCCUCGACAUCAUGUUCAACAACGCCGGCGUCGGCAAGGAGGGGGACAAUUACCCCGACACCAUGAUUUGGCAGUACGACGAGGACGACUUUGACCUCACCAUGGCCGUCAACGUCAAGGGGGUGUUUUUGGGCUGCAAGUACGCUGCCGCGCAGAUGAAGGACCAGGAGCCGCUCGUCCCCGGCGGCGAUCGUGGUUGGAUCGUCAACACGGGGUCCAUACUGGGGGUUAAUGCCAUCAAGGGCGUCACGGCCUAUGCGGCGUCGAAGCAUGCCGUCUUGGGUAUCACCAAGGCGGCGGCUUUGGAUUGCGCCCCUUUUAAUAUUCACGUCAACGCGGUUAACCCCGGCUUUGUCAAGACGGUAAUGACAAAGAAUAUGUUGGAGGAUAGCGUUGGCAGUGAGGCCUUGGCUGCGCGGCAUCCGUUCAAGGGGAUAGGAAACGUCGAGGACAUAGCCAAGACGGUGCUGUUCCUUGUCAGCGACGAUGCGUCCUGGAUCACGGGUACGAGCCUUUGUGUCGAUGGUGGAUACACUACAAUGUGAGAGAAAAGUGAUGACCAGGCCAGUGGUAGCGGGACAUGAAAACAUAUAUUGUAGACUGCGAUCAACACAAUUUAAUACUAGUCCCCGACUGAAG